ACAUAAGAUGGCGGACGUUAAACUGCAGUAGAGCUCGUAAGUAAAGAGCGAGCGGAGGAAGAGGAGCUGCGGUGAGGAACCUGCUGAGGGAAGGCUGCGUUUGCAGCCUGGAGAAAACCGGAAAGGAUGCCGUCCCCUUCUUUCUUCCUCGACGCUCAGCAACAAUUUCAUGACAAAUGGCUGAAGAUGGAUCUGCAGCGUGCGUUCUCUUCAGAAGGACUGAGUGAGAUAUGGAAUGAGAUGGUUAAAGAUGAAGAGAUCGUCUUCAACAGAGAGGAGUCUGCCUAUCCAGAGGACUCUGCGGAUUGUCCCGGUGCUCAGAAGAAGGACGAGUCCAACGACAAGGAGAAGAAAGACGAAGAGGAGGCGUCGUCGCCAUCCGUCAAUCAUUCCAUCAUCGAGACGUGGGAUUGGGGGAGGCAACCAGAUGAAGGAGAGCUGAAGGAAUGUCUCCUGGUGCUUGUGGAUGACCAGCAGAAACUGGCUGCUCAGACGACGAAGAGCACUCUGUCUGCGCAGCGUCUGAGCCAGCGGCUGCUCAUCCUGGAGCGCUACCUCAUCUCCCUCACCCACAGCAUGAUGGAGGAGAAGUACAAAGCCCGCUGGAAGACUCCACCCAGCCCACCGCUGCCCACUGUCGAUAACAAGAGUCGUCCUGUGAGUAACGGAGUGGAGGGUUUGGCUCAAGUUGGCUCCAGGGCUGCUCUUUCUUUCGCGUUUGCAUUCCUCCGUCGAGCCUGGAGGUCCGGUGAUGACGCAGACCUGUGCAGCGAGCUGCUGCAGGAGUCUCUGGAUGCCCUGCGUGCCCUCCCCGAGGCCACGCUGUUCGACGAGAGCACAGUGUCAUCCGUGUGGCUGGAGGUCGUUGAGAGAGCUACCAAAUUCCUCAGUGAAGUGCAUGGAGGCGGGAUUGGUAAAGCUCCCAGCGGCAUUCCGCUGCAGGAUCAGCACCUCGCCCUGGCGAUUCUCCUAGAGUUGGCUGUUCAGAGAGGCACGCUCAGUCAGCUGUUGUCUGCUGUGCUGCUGCUGCUGAGGCUGUGGGAUCGAGGCACCAGAGAGAUGGAUAAUGAGCGCUCCAGCCAGGGCACCAGUGCUCCCUUACUGCCCCUGCUCCAACGCUUCCAGAGCAUCCACAACAGUGAGGAGGAGCUCGAGAUUUUAUCUGCCCCGCUGAGCCCGAAUGAGAGUUUCCUGCGCUACCUGAACCUACCCCAGGACAAUGAGCUGGCCAUUGACUUACGGCAGACGGCUGUGGUCAUUAUGGCUCACCUAGACCGCCUAGCAGUGCCCUGUAGCCCCCCACCAUGCAGCUCACCCACCUCCAGCAAGGAGGACCAUGGCCCUGUGCAGAGUACGUUACAGGAGGUGAUUGGCUGGGGAUUGCUGGGAUGGAAAGUCUACGCCAAUCUGAACGGACCAAUCCAGUGCAAAGCUCUGUCCAACCUGGGCGUGACCCAAAUCGUGUGCUCAGAGAAAGGCUUUCUCCUGCUGACCAUCUCUGGUUCUGUUUACACUCAGAAUUAUAAAAGCACCACGCUAUCCCCUAUGCUUCUUCAUGGCCUGGCAUCCAGGAAGAUGGUGAAGCUGGCCGCUCAUUCUGAAGGCCAGCAUUACCUUGCUCUCUCGGCUAACGGAGAGGUUUUCUCCUGGGGAUGUGGAGACGGAGGACGUCUCGGACAUGGAGACACCACGUAUUUGGAAGAGCCUACGAUGAUUGCGGCGUUUUCUGGGAAGCAGGCCGGGAAACACGUGGUGCACAUCGCCUGUGGCAGCACCUACAGCGCCGCCAUCACCGCAGAUGGAGCCCUGUACACGUGGGGCCGAGGAAACUACGGCCGACUGGGACAUGGCUCCAGUGAGGACCAGACGACGCCCAUGCUGGUGAGUGCUCUGAAGGGGCUGAAGGUCAUCGACGUGGCCUGCGGCAGUGGAGACGCCCAGACGCUGGCAGUCACAGAGAACGGUCAGGUGUGGUCGUGGGGGGACGGAGACUACGGGAAGUUGGGUCGUGGAGGCAGCGAUGGCUGUAAGAGCCCUAAGCUUGUGGAGAAGCUGCAGGAUCUGGACAUAGUGAAGGUGUGCUGUGGAAGUCAGUUCUCUGUGGCUCUCAGUAAAGACGGACAGGUUUACACGUGGGGUAAAGGAGACAACCAGAGACUGGGUCACGGCACUGACGAACACGUCCGCUACCCAAAACUGCUGGACAGUCUGCAAGGUAAAAAGGUAGUGGAUAUCGCCGUGGGCUCAACACACUGUUUGGCCCUCACCGAGGAUGGAGAGGUGCACAGCUGGGGCAGUAACGAUAAACUCCAGCACUUUGAUACACUCUUCUCCAACAAGAAGCAGCCGAAAGCUCUGCCAGGACUUAACUCCAAACACAUCGUGGGCAUUUCCUGCGGUCCAGGACAGAGUUUUGCGUGGUCAUCGUGCUCGGAGUGGUCCGUGGGGCUGCGCGUGCCCUUCGUAGUGGAUGUCUGCCCCAUGACGUUCGAGCAGUUGGACCUGUUGCUGCGUCAGAUCAGUGAGGGGAUGGACGGCAGCUCGGACUGGCCUCCACCUCAGGAGAAGGAGUGUAUGGUGGUGGCUACGCUCAACCUACUCCGACUGCAGCUCCACGCUGCGCUCAGUAAUCAGGUGGACCCGGAAGAGCUGGGACUGGGGCUGGGCAGCAGUUUGCUCAACAGCCUCAAGCAGACGGUGGUGACGCUGGCCAGCAACGCCGGGGUGCUGAACACGGUGCAGGCAGCCGCGCAGGCCGUGCUCCAGAGUGGCUGGUCAGUGCUGUUACCCACUGCUGAGGAACGAGCCAGAGCAUUGUCCUCACUGCUACCCAACGCAGCCUCCAGCCACGAGAUGAAUGUGAGUCCAGGCCGAAGGUUUAUGAUUGACCUGCUGGUCAGCAGUCUGAUGGCAGACGGAGGGUUGGAGUCGGCUCUCGACGCCGCCAUCACAGCCGAGAUCCAGGACAUCGAGGCGAAGAAGGAGGCACAGAAAGAGAAGGAGAUUGAUGAGCAGGAGGCCAACGCCUCCACCCUGCACCGCUGUCGCACCACGCUUGAUAAAGACCUCAUCAACACCGGCAUCUACGAGUCGGCCAGCAAGCAGAGUCUCCCGCUGGUCCAGCUCGUACAGCAGCUGCUCAGGAACAUGGCCUCCCAGACCAUCGCGCGUCUGAAGGAUGUGGUGCGGCGCAUUUCACACUGCCAGGACGCAGAGCAGGGGAGUAAAGAGCGCUCGGCUUCGCUCGACCUGCUGCUGCGCUUCCAGAGACUGCUCAUCUGUAAACUGUACGUGGGAGUGAACGGAACCACCGGAGUCGGGGAUUACACUCUGACCCAGUCUGAGAUAUUGGGAGUGGGCUCUCUGUUGAAAAAGUACAUUGCAUUGCUGUGUACACACAUCGGAGACAUCCUGCCUGUGGCCACCAGCAUCGCCUUCAACAGUCACCGUCACUUUGCUGAAGUGUCCCACGUCAUCGAGGGAGAUCUUACCGGUGUCCUGCUCCCAGAGUUAGUGGUGUCCAUUAUUCUGCUGCUGACUCUGGAUGCAGGUCUGAUGCAGGACACUGGUUCCAUCCCCCUGCUGGCUGCCUUGCUCGAGCACCUGGACCGCUUUAACCACCUUGCACCCGGCCACGACAGAGACGACAACGAAGACCUGGCCUGGCCCGGCCUCAUGGGGUCAUUCUUCACAGGACCGAGUACGAAGAACAACGAAGAGGUGUCGCUUAUACGCAAAGCCGACCUGGAGAACCACAAUAAAGACGGUGGCUUUUGGACGGUCAUCGAUGGGAAAGUCUACGACAUCAAAGACUUCCAGGCACAGUCUCUGACUGGGAACUCCAUACUUGCUCAGUUUGCUGGUGAGGACCCUGUGGUGGCUUUAGAAGCUGCGCUGCAGUUUGAAGACACGCGAGAGUCCAUGCAGGCUUUCUGCGUCGGCCAGUACAUGGAGCCCAACCAGGAGACCGUGACGACCCCUGACCUGAGCAGCCUGUCCUCGCCUCUGAUCGACACGGAGAGGAACCUCGGCUUACUGCUGGGGCUUCAUGCUUCUUACCUGGCGCUGAGCACACCUCUGUCACGCAUGGAGAUCGAAUGUGCCAAAUGGCUUCAGUCAUCAAUCUUCUGCGGUGGUCUUCAGACCAGUCAGAUCCACUAUAACUAUAACGAGGAGAAGGACGAGGACCACUGCAGCUCUCCGGGGACCACGACACCUGAUAAAGCCAAGCUGUACUCGCGCAGAAUCACGCUAAGUGACCACGCCCAGCCUUUCCUGCAGGCCAUCGCUGACACUACGCAGGACCACACUGUGAAGGACUUUUUAUGCCAAAUUGAACGCUGCUGUAAGCAGUAUCACCUCAUCACGCCGAUCACCUUUCCACUGGAACACCCUGUGGAGGAAGUGGGUCGCCUCCUGCUCUGCUGCCUUCUGAAACACCAGGACCUCGGUCACGUGGCCCUCUCACUCGUCAAUCAGUGUGCCUUGGCUGUGGACCAGGGGAAGCAGAGGUCCCUCCCGAAAUCUGUGAUUGACGUCUGUCGAAUGGUCUACCAGGCCAAAUGCUCUUUAAUCAAAACCCAUCAGGAGCAGGGCCGCUCGUAUAAGGAGGUGUGCGCCCCCGUGAUCGAGAGGCUGCGUUUCCUCUUUAACGAGCUGAGGCCGGCGGUCAGUAACGACCUGUCUAUCGUGUGUAAGCUGAAGCUGUUGAGCUCGCAGCCUCGCUGGAAGACCAUCACUCGGAAACUGAUCAGAGAGCACAGGAAGAAGAGCGUGCUGAAGAAAGCGGAGUGUCCGGAUGUAGAGGAGUGUAAGCAGGAGAGAGACGGGACCAAUGAGGAGGAGCCUCCACUUCCUGUCAGUCCCACACCUGUGGACAAGAAGCAAACAGUCAGGUCACCCAAGGAUAAGUGGCAGCCGCUGCUGAACACGAUGGUGAACGUUCAGAAGUACCGCUGGCUGAAGCACAGUGUGCACGGCUCCUGCUCUCAGUCCAGCCUCAUGAGCACCAUCGUGGAGUUCGCUCUCAAAGAGGAGCCUCUCGACGUGGAGAAGAUGAGGAAGUGCCUCCUCAAGCAGCUGGAGAGGGCAGAAGUGCGGCUGGAGGGAAUCGACACCAUGCUGAAGCUCACGUCCAAAACCUUCCUGCUGCCGUCUGUACAGUACGCCAUGCUCAGCGGGUGGCAAAGGGUCGUCCCCGAAGGACCCGACAUCGGAGAGCCUCUGAGAGACUGUCUGAAGGAUGUGGAUCUCAUUCCUCCCUUCAACCGCAUGCUUCUGGAGGUCACCUUCGGCAAGCUGUACACUUGGGCCAUCCAGAACAUCCGCAACAUCCUGCUGGAGGCCAGCGUCCGAUUCAAAGAACUGGCACAGGCGGUUGUGUCCGACGUGAUCCGUUUCUCGUGUGCAGGAGUGCAGCCGGUUCCUCUGCAGACCAUCACGAACGAGAACCCGGCAGGCCCCAGUCUGGGCACAGUUCCUCAGGCACGCUUCCUCCUGGCCAUGCUGCACAUGCUGACUCUCAAACAUGGAGCCAACAGCCUCAGCCUGCUGCUCAACUCCGGAACCCUGGCUCUCACACAGAGCGUGCUCCGCCUCAUCGGUCCGAGUUCCGACAGCAGUGAGGAGGAACUGUCUUCCAGAGCUCAUGGAGGAUCGGCGACGGUGUUGGAGGAGUCGAGGAAGGAGACCACCCCUGUCCCUCUCCCCGUAUCCGGCCCCGAGCUCGCCGCCAUGAUGAAGAUCGGGACGAGAGUGAUGAGGGGACAGGACUGGAAGUGGGGUGAUCAGGACGGCCCCCCUCCGGGUCUGGGCAGGGUGAUCGGUGAACUCGGGGAGGACGGGUGGAUCCGGGUGCAGUGGGACACCAGCAGCACAAACUCCUACAGGAUGGGCAAAGAGGGCAAAUACGAUCUAAAGCUGGCCGAACCUCCUCCUGCCACACAGCCUCCCGUCGAGGACUCGGACACGGAGGACGACAUCGAAGGUGAUGUGAUGGAGAAGAGCACUCACCCGACGGCCAUCAUGCUGAGCAGCACGGUGAACCUGCUCAAAACUCUGGCGCUGUCGUCCGGGAUCCACGCAGAGGUGAUGCAGGCUGAAGCCAUCAGGACGUUGUGUGGUCUCCUGCGCAUGCUGGUGGAGAGCGGAACCAGCGACCAGACCGGCUGCCCGUCCCACAGGCUGGUGUCCCGUGAGCAGCACCGGAGCUGGUGUACUCUGGGAUUUAUCCGCAGCAUCGCGCUGAUGCCCCAGAUGUGCAGCACGCUGAGCUCCUCAGCUUGGAUCAACCUGCUCAUCCGGAUAGUCGAGGGACAUCAAUCAUUCACCGCCGUGACGCUACAGAGACAGAUCCUGGCUCUGCGCCUGCUCCAGGCCGUGCUGCCGUCCUGGGAUAAAACGGAGCGCUCUCAGGAUAUGAAGUUCCUUGUGGAGAAGCUGUUCGGGUUCCUGGGAAGCCUCCUGAGCACCUGCUCCUCAGACCUGCCGCUGCUCAGAGAUGGUUCCCUGCGCAAGAGGAAGUCCCGCCCACAGGCGUCUCUGACAGCCACUCACAGCAGCACGCUGGCCGAGGAGAUCGUGGCCGUCCUGCGUACGCUGCACUCUCUCCACCAGUGGAACGGCCUCAUUAACGAAUAUGUUAACUCCCAGCUCAACGGGAUUGGAAACGUGAUGGCGGGACGAGCGUCCGAAGCGACGCUGCUGGAGGAGUAUCUGCCCCACGCGGACGCUCCGGCGGUGGGCAGUCUGAUGGCCGUGCUGGCGGUGAUCGGUGGGAUCGAUGGACGUCUGCGUUUGGGAGGUCAGGUGAUCCACGAGGAGUACGGAGAAGGCACGGUCACGCGCAUCACGCCCAAAGGACGCAUCACGGUGCAGUUUUAUGAGAUGAGGACGUGCCGAGUGUGUCUGCUGAGCCAGCUGAAACCGUUGCCCGUGGUUCCGUUCAGCGUUCAGAACCUGCCGUUCACGGAGCCCAUGCUCACCGUGUGGGCUCAACUCGUCAACCUGGCAGGGAGCAAACUGGAGAAACAGCGCAUGAAGAAAUCUCUGAGCAGAGGACUCGCAGUAGAUCAGGUGGACGUCCACUUGUUGCGCUGUCAGCAGCUGAGGCUGUACAUCCUGAAGGCAGCUCGCGCUCUGCUCCUCCACCAGGACAAACUCCGACAGAUCCUGUCUCAGCCUGCCAUCAUGGACUCCAGCCCCACCCCCACUGAGGAGCAGGGCGUGUCCUCUCCGGAUGUGGGUGAUCUAUCUCCUGAAGGUCCUCUGCCUCCCCUCAUCCUGCUCCAGCAGCUCCUCUCCGCUGCCACUCAGCCUUCGCCCGUUAAAGCCAUCUUCGACCGUCAGGAGAUGGAGGCGGCCGCUCUGGCUGUGUGUCAGUUCCUGGCUGUGGAGUCCACCCACCCGUCGUCUCCGCUGUUCGAGGACAGCAGCUCGAGCGAGGCCACCACGCCGCUCACCGUGCAGCACGUCCGUCCUCCCAAACAGAAGAAGCACAAGAGCUCGCCCGUUCCUCCAGCGCCCAUCGUCCUGCAGCUCAUGGAGAUGGGCUUCCAGAGGAAAAACAUCGAGUUCGCACUCAAAUCACUGUCCGGAUCCACAGGCAGCACCUCCGGCGUCCCAGGUGUGGAAGCGCUGGUGGGCUGGCUGUUGGAUCACCCUGACGUCCACGUCACCGAGCUGUCUGAUGCAGACACGGUGUCUGACGAGUACUCGGACGAAGAGGUGCUGGAGGAACUGGAGGAGCCUGAAGCAGCUUUCUCUGUGCCUCCUGGUGUUGUGGUGACAGAGAGUCAGACGUUUAAGAAGAGAUCGGAUUUCCAAAGCAACGACGACUACGCCGUGUACGUGAGGGAGAACAUUCAGGUGGGAAUGAUGGUGAAGUGUUGCAGGACGUAUGAAGAGGUGUAUGAGGGAGACGUGGGUAAAGUGAUCAAGCUGGACCGAGACGGGUUACACGACCUGAACGUACAGUGCGACUGGCAGCAGAAAGGAGGAACCUACUGGGUCCGAUACAUCCACACGGAACUACUGGGGUUUCCUCCUCAGAGCUCUCCGUCUCACAUUAAGAUCGGGGAUAAGGUGCGAGUGAAGCAGUCCGUCACCACGCCCAAGUACAAGUGGGGCUCUGUGACUCACAGGAGUGUGGGUGCGGUCAAGGCCUUCAGUGCCAAUGGAAAAGACGUGAUUGUGGAUUUCCCUCAGCAGUCCCACUGGACAGGUCUGCUGUCUGAGAUGGAGCUGGUGCCGAGCGUGCAUCCCGGAGUCAGGUGCGACGGCUGUCAGAUGUUCCCCAUUAACGGACCCAGGUUCAAGUGCCGAAGCUGCGAAGACUUUGAUUUCUGCGAAAGCUGCUUCAAAACCCGCAAACACAACCCCAGACACUCGUUUGGACGGAUUAACGAACCGGGUCAGUCUCCGGCGUUUAGUGGACGCUCGGGGAAGCAGCUGAAGAGGCACCACAGCAGCCAGCGGGGAAUGCUGAUCGACGAUUGGUCCAGGGCUGUGAGGAACCUCAGUGUGUCGUCAUCGGUUAACCAGGCGUCCCGUCUCAUCGACUCUGGAGAUCAGUGCUGGCAGUCGUCGGGAUCUCAGGGCAAGCACUGGAUCAGGUUGGAGCUCUUCCCUGAUGUUCUGGUGCACAGGUUGAAGAUGGUGGUAGAUCCAGCAGACAGCAGCUACAUGCCUUCACUGGUGGUGGUGUCGGGUGGAAGUUCACUGAACAACCUGAUCGAGCUGAAGACCAUCAACAUCAACCCUACAGACACCACCGUGUCUUUACUCAACGACUGCACUGAGUACCACAGGUACAUAGAGAUCGCUAUAAAGCAGUGCCGCAGCUCAGGGAUCGACUGUAAGAUCCACGGGUUGAGCAUCGUGGGUCGUAUCCGUGCUGAGGACGAAGAUCUGGCAACCGUGCCGUUCUUGGCAUCAGAUAACGAGGAAGAGGAAGAUGAUAAAGUAGCCACUGGGAGUCUCAUCCGGAAGAGGUCCUCAGGCAUGGAGUCUGCUGCUACCAUCAGGACCAAAGUGUUCGUCUGGGGCCUCAAUGACAAGGACCAGCUGGGCGGGCUCAAAGGGUCAAAGAUCAAGGUUCCAUCGUUUUCUGAGACGCUGUCUGCUCUGAACGUCGUACAGGUGUCUGGAGGGUCGAAGAGCCUUUUUGCAGUGACCGCGGAGGGAAAGGUGUACGCGUGCGGAGAGGCCACUAACGGCAGGUUGGGUCUGGGUCUGAGCAGCGGUACCAUCCCAAUCCCCCGCCAGAUCACCGCUCUCAGUAACUACGUAGUGAAGAAAGUGGCUGUUCAUUCAGGUGGACGCCAUGCCAUGGCUUUGACGGUGGAUGGGAAAGUUUUCUCAUGGGGUGAAGGAGAUGAUGGUAAACUGGGGCACUUCAGCAGAAUGAACUGCGAUAAGCCUCGGCUGAUCGAAGCCCUGAAGACGAAGCGCAUCCGGGACAUCGCAUGCGGGAGCUCGCACAGCGCAGCCAUCACCUCCAGCGGAGAGCUGUACAGCUGGGGUCUGGGCGAGUAUGGACGCCUGGGGCAUGGAGACAACACUACGCAGCUCCGACCCAAACUGGUGAAGGUGUUGUUGGGUCAUCGUGUGAUCCAGGUGGCUUGUGGGAGUCGUGAUGCACAAACGCUCGCUCUGACAGACGAAGGUUUGGUGUUCUCAUGGGGAGACGGCGAUUUUGGGAAGCUGGGGCGUGGAGGCAGCGAGGGCUGCAACAUCCCUCAGAACAUCGAGCGUCUGAACGGACAGGGAGUGUGUCAGAUCGAGUGUGGAGCUCAGUUCUCUCUCGCACUCACCAAAUCAGGAGUGGUGUGGACCUGGGGGAAGGGCGAUUACUUCCGUCUGGGUCAUGGGACAGAUGUUCACGUGAGGAAGCCUCAGAUGGUGGAGGGUCUGAGAGGGAAGAAGAUCGUUCACGUGGCUGUGGGAGCGCUGCACUGUCUGGCUGUUACAGAUACAGGACAGGUGUAUGCGUGGGGUGAUAACGACCACGGGCAGCAGGGGAACGGGACGACCACGGUGAACCGGAAGCCAACGCUGGUACAAGGCCUGGAGGGUCAGAAGAUCACGCGUGUGGCCUGCGGCUCGUCUCACAGUGUGGCCUGGACCACUGUAGAUGUCACCACGCCAUCUGUUCAUGAGCCGGUUCUCUUCCAGACGGCCAGGGACUCGCUUGGGGCCUCGUACCUGGGUGUACCGUCAGACAGUGACCCAUCCUUGCUGAGUAAUAAGCUGAGCGGUCAGAGCAGUGUGAAGCCCAGCAGGCCGUCUCUGGCCAAAAUCCUGCUCUCUCUGGAUGGGAAUCUGGCCAAGCAGCAGGCUCUGUCCCACGUGCUUUCUGCUCUGCAGAUCAUGUAUGCCAGGGAUGCUGUGGUGGGAGCACUGAUGCCAGCCUGCAUGAUGCCUGUAGAAUGCCCGUCCAGCUCUCCGGUCCCACCUUCCGACUGCUCGUCCGUCUCAAGCCCCUCAGAAGCUGAAGGUCCUCCUGUGGCCUCGGACCUUGAGGAGCACUCCAGCCCUCACCCCUGGCAGGACAGCAAGAGGGGAGAGGUGGCGUCCUCUGAAGAUGCCAUUACCCCAUCAUCUGCCGUGACUCCCUCCGCAGCUGCUGCUUCCUCUCGCCCCUUUAUCCCUGUCACAGACGACCCCGGAGCGGCCAGCAUCAUCGCCGAAACCAUGACCAAGACCAAAGAGGACUCGGAGAGUCAGAAUAAAGCUGCUGGGCCUGAGCCUCAGUACCUGGACGAGUUCACCAGUCUGCUGGUUCCUGAUGACACGCGUGUGAUGGUUGACCUGCUGAAGCUGGCUGUGAAUCUGCGCUCAGGAGAGAAAGGAAAGGAAGUGCUGUCCGCUGUGCUGUCUGGCAUGGGCACUGCCUACCCACAGGUGGCGGACAUGCUACUGGAGCUGUGUGUGACGGAGCUGGAGGACGUGGCCACGGACUCUCAGAGCGGUCGUCUGUCCUCUCAGCCUGUCGUGGUGGAGAGCAGUCACCCCUACACUGAUGACACCUCCACCAGCGGAACGGUCAAAAUCCCAGGUGCUGAGGGUCUGAGAGUGGAGUUUGACCGUCAGUGUUCUACAGAGAGGAGACACGACCCUCUAACCGUCAUGGACGGAGCCAAUAGGAUCGUCUCUGUCCGAUCAGGACGCGAGUGGUCAGACUGGUCCAGUGAGUUGAGGAUUCCAGGAGACGAGCUGAAGUGGAAGUUCACCAGUGAUGGCUCGGUGAACGGCUGGGGCUGGCGCUUCACCGUCUAUCCCAUCAUGCCUGCAGCGGGUCCUAAAGACCUCCUGUCUGAUCGCUGUAUCCUGUCCUGUCCUUCUAUGGACUUGGUCACCUGUCUGCUGGACUUCCGUCUCAACUUCGCCUCGAACCGCAGCAUCGUGCCGCGCCUGGCGGCUUCACUCGCCGCCUGCGCGCAGCUCAGCGCUCUGGCGGCCGGACACCGUAUGUGGGCCCUGCAGAGGUUACGCAAACUCCUGACUACUGAAUACGGCCAGUCCAUAAACAUUAACCGGCUGCUGGGGGACGGUGAAGGAGACGCUCGCUCUGUGAGUUUUACAGGCAGUGCUCUUGCUGCUCUGGUCAAAGGGCUUCCUGAGGCCCUGCAGAGGCAGUACGAGUACGAGGACCCUAUCGUCAGAGGAGGCAAACAGCUCCUUCAUAGCCCCUUCUUCAAGGUAUUAGUGGCUCUUGCGUGUGAUCUGGAGUUGGACACGCUACCCUGCUGCGCCGAAACCCAUAAGUGGGCAUGGUUUCGUCGCUACUGCACUGCCUCUCGAGUGGCAGUAGCUCUGGAUAAGAGGACGCCCCUGCCCCGCCCGUUCCUGGAUGAGGUUGCAAAGAAAAUCCGUGAGCUGAUGGCAGACCAUGAGAACAUGAACGUGCUUCACGAGAGCCAUGAGCUGUUCAAGAGGGAACAUGAUGAGCAGCUGGUGCAGUGGAUGAACAGGCGUCCAGAUGAUUGGACUCUGUCAGCAGGCGGCAGUGGCACCAUCUACGGCUGGGGUCACAACCAUCGCGGACAACUUGGUGGCAUUGAAGGGGCAAAGGUCAAAGUUCCCACUCCGACGGAGGCCCUCGCCACCCUGCGGCCCGUUCAGCUGAUUGGUGGAGAGCAGACGCUGUUCGCCGUCACGGCUGAUGGCAAGCUCUACGCUACAGGCUACGGAGCCGGAGGGCGUCUGGGGAUCGGCGGCACCGAGUCGGUGUCCACCCCGACUCUACUGGAGUCCAUCCAGCAUGUGUUUAUCAGGAAGGUGGCGGUGAACUCCGGGGGGAAACACUGCCUGGCCCUGUCCUCUGAGGGAGAGGUCUACUCCUGGGGAGAAGCCGAGGAUGGAAAACUCGGCCAUGGAAACAGGAGCCCGUGUGACCGUCCGCGAGUGAUCGAGUCUCUGAGAGGGGUGGAGGUGGUGGAUAUCGCUGCAGGAGGAGCUCACAGCGCCUGCAUCGCAGCCAGCGGAGAACUCUACACCUGGGGCAAGGGACGCUACGGCCGCCUGGGACACGGAGACAGCGAGGACCAGCUCAAACCCAAACUGGUGGAUGCUCUGCAGGGACACAGGGUGAUAGACGUGGCAUGUGGCAGUGGUGAUGCUCAGACUCUGUGUUUGACGGAUGACGACAUGGUGUGGUCGUGGGGAGACGGUGAUUACGGCAAGCUGGGACGAGGAGGCAGCGACGGCUGUAAAGUUCCCAUGAAGAUCGACUCUCUGACAGGACUGGGUGUAGUGAAAGUGGAGUGCGGUUCUCAGUUCUCUGUCGCUCUCACCAAAUCAGGAGCGGUGUACACAUGGGGAAAAGGGGAUUACCACAGGCUCGGUCACGGCUCAGACGAUCACGUCCGCAGACCCCGGCAGGUCCAGGGCUUGCAGGGCAAAAAGGUCAUCGCUAUAGCAACCGGCUCCCUUCAUUGCGUCUGCUGCACUGAGGACGGAGAAGUGUAUACAUGGGGCGAUAACGAUGAGGGUCAGCUGGGAGACGGGAGCACCAACGCCAUCCAGAGGCCCAGGCUAGUGGGAGCGCUGCAAGGCAAGAAGAUCAACAGGGUGGCCUGUGGCUCCGCCCACACACUUGCUUGGUCCACCAGCAAACCCACCAACGCCGGCAAACUUCCUGCUCAGGUCCCCAUGGAGUAUAAUCACCUGCAGGAGAUCAACAUCAUGGCCCUGAGGAACAGGCUGCUCCUGCUGCACCACAUCUCCGAGCUCUUCUGCCCCUGCAUUCCCAUGUUCGACCUGGAGGGGCGUCUCGGUCAGACCGGACACGGCCCGUCGGUGGGCUUCGACACACUCCGGGGCAUCCUCAUCUCACAGGGCAAGGAGGCUGCGUUUCGUAAAGUUGUCCAGGCUACGAUGGUGCGAGACCGCCAGCACGGACCAGUGGUGGAGCUCAACCGAAUCCAGGUGAAACGUUCCCGCAGUAAAGGAGGUCUCGCCGGACCUGACGGUACCAAGUCCGUGUUUGGGCAGAUGUGUGCUAAGAUGAUCUCCUUCAGCCCCGACAGCAUGCUGCUGCCUCAUCGCGUCUGGAAGGUCAAGUUCGUAGGUGAGUCUGUAGACGACUGUGGAGGAGGUUACAGUGAGUCCAUAGCGGAGAUGUGUGAGGAGCUCCAGAACGGUCUCACUCCUCUGCUCAUCGUCACGCCGAACGGCCGAGACGAGUCGGGCGCGAACAGAGACUGCUUCCUGCUCAACCCCACCGCCAAAAGUCCACUCCACAUGAGCAUGUUCCGCUUCUUAGGAGUACUCCUGGGUAUCGCGAUCCGUACAGGAAGUCCUCUCAGUCUAUACCUCGCCGAACCUGUAUGGAAGCAGCUCGCCGGCAUGAACCUCACCAUCGCGGAUCUCAGUGAGGUGGAUAAGGACUUUAUCCCUGGCCUGAUGUAUAUUAGAGAUAACGAGGCCUCAGCCGAGGAGUUUGAAGCGAUUCCUCUGCCCUUCACUGUUCCUAAUGCCUGCGGUCAGGAGGUCCAGCUCAGCUCCAAACACUCCCACAUCAGCCUGGAGAACCGGGCCGAGUACGUCCGCCUCGCCAUCAACUACAGGCUGCAUGAGUUUGAUGAGCAGGUGGCUGCGGUGAGAGAGGGAAUGGCUCGGGUCGUGCCUGUUCCUCUCCUCUCACUCUUCACUGGGUACGAGCUGGAGACCAUGGUAUGUGGCAGUCCGGACAUCCCGCUCCACCUGCUGAAGUCCGUCGCCACGUAUAAAGGGGUGGAGCCAACCGCGCCACUCAUCCAGUGGUUCUGGGAGGUGAUGGAGUCCUUCUCCAACACGGAGCGCUCGCUCUUCCUCAGGUUUGUGUGGGGACGAACACGUCUGCCCAGGACCAUCGCAGAUUUCCGUGGACGAGACUUCGUUGUGCAGGUGUUGGAUAAGUACAACCCUCCGGACCACUUCCUGCCAGAGUCGUACACGUGCUUCUUCCUGCUCAAGCUGCCCCGGUACUCGUGUAAACUGGUCCUGGAGGAGAAACUGAAGUACGCCAUACACUUCUGCAAAUCCAUCGACACUGACGACUACGCUCGCAUCGCUCUGAGUGGAGAACCUGCCGCCGAUGACUCCACCGACGACUCGGACAACGACGACGCCGACUCCUUCGCCUCCGACUCCACGCAGGACUACCUGACGGCGCACUGACGCACGCACUGAGGCCGAGAGUCGUCAAACAUGCUGCCGAGAGAAAGAAGAAAAAAAAAAACACUAAAGAAAUCUAAAGAUGUCUGUUUUAAUCUCACACACACAUGUAUCUGUAUUACCACGACUAAAAUCUUUGUGCAAUUAGCUUUAAAAGCACUAUAAGCUGGUGAAGAAAAAAAACUUGAUUAUUUUUUUUUUAGUUUAUUUUAAAAAAAACAAACAAAAAAACCUAGAGCCAGAAUGGACUCUGUUUGGUUUUUGUUUGAUUGUAGACGUUGUGUUUGUAUUAUUUUGGACCGUGUAGCCUAGCACUGUGCUGACGACCCCUGAUGGACUCGCUCUAUCGUUUCAACGAUCCAACCAACUGCUUCUUCAUCUCCCCGGACAUGUGCAGUGUUUCCUGUUUCCCUGAAUAGCCUCGAACACGAGCGCGAGUCGCCCUCGCUCUGAUCAGUCGGUGUUACCUGGAGCUCAGUCAGGGGUUGUUUUCAGGGCGUCGGUCGCUGUAUUCAGCUUCCUCCAACCUCAACCCCACCUUCAGCCCCACCCUCCUUUGUGUCCAUGUGUGUGUUCGGCUUCCUGACAAACUGUAAAUAACGUUAUUGUGCCAUGUGUUCAUAAGACGUCUCAUUCCGAUGUAAUAAUGUUAAUAAACUUCUGUUUAAAAUAAAUAUUAAACUGAAA